AUGGCGCCGCAGCCGCCCAGCCCCGCGCCGGCCAGCGAACAGGAACCCUAUUCUAGCGGCGGCGAGGACGAGGGCGGCCCCGCCUGCUGGAUCUGCCUCGGCGGCGCCUCCGAGGCGCCCCUAGGUACCCCCUGCGCCUGCCCGCGCCCGGUCCACGCCCAGUGCCUCGCGCGCUGGCAGCUGCAGCAGGCCGGGCGCCCCGAGGAGCGGCGGUGCCGCUUCUGCGGGGACGCGUAUGGAGACUGGCGGGAGGCGCUGUCGGCGGGGCCGGGCCUGCUGCCCGCUACGCCCGUCAUGGCUGUGAAUGUUAGGGGCCGCGUGCACAAGCUGAGGGUCCACUCUGGCCCAGAGGGCAAGGAGCUGUUUCGCCGGCAG